AUGGCGGCCUGGGAUCAGCCUUCGGCGACGCCAAGCUCGGAAUCUGCGUCAUCUCCGACGGCGCAGCCUUCGGCGGCCACCACGGUAUCUCCGUCGUCUCCGGUAGCGAGCACGGAAUCUACGUCACCUCCGGUGGCGGCGCCAGGCAGCGGCGACCAAUCAUCAUCCGGCGUCGGACGUGUCGGAGAUCGGAAUGCCGACGCUCGCGGCCGCAGCCACGCCACGAGCGACUGGACGGGCAGCGGUUGCGGCGGCGGCGGCGGCAGCAGCGGCGGCGAUGGCGACAGCGACGACGAGCCCACUGCGGUGGGAGAGAAGGAGCACGUGGUGUCAGUCGCGGAGCAAUUGCACGGCGGCGAGGUUCAGCAGCAAAAGGCAUGGAGCGACGCCGGCGGAGACGAGGACGAUAGCGAGGAUGCAAUAGGAGGCGUUUGUGGUGGCGUCGGGGAUGGAGCGUCGAACACCAACGACGGCGUGUCGAGCACCAAAGGCGGACGAGCGGCUUUGUGGAAGCGCGCGUCGAUCGAGGAUGUCGGGAGCAGGUGCUGCGACAGAUGUUUCUCGGAGAUGGAGGAGGAGGAGGAGGAGGAGGAGGAGGAGGAGGAAGUGGUGUUCUUGGAGGGCGGUAGAGAAGAAGGGGACUGGGGGGAGCUCGACUUCUCUCUGGAGGCGGUCCCGAUCAGGGGACGAGAGGAACCCGUCCCCGGGUUCACAGGGGCUGGGAAAGGCGAGGGUGGUCGGCCCGGAAAAGCCCAGCUGGCGGGCCUCUGCCCCGGCGACGAGCUCACCCACCUGCUCCCCGAGCCGCGCGUCCGCCUGGAGGCGGGCCGGGUGAGCCGCGAGGACAUGGACCGGGAGCUGUCCCGGCUGGCGGUGUGGUCGCGGGCGCGGAAGGUCGUACAUUUCCGGCGGGGAAGCGGCGUGAAACCCGCCGGCCAUGCGGAACGCGAGCGGUUCGAUGCCUUCUUGUACGAGGAGGCGCACUUCCCGUGGCGACUCGAGUUUCGGAGGCGGCGGCGGAGGCGGCGGCCGCGGGGACCGGGGUGGGGGGGGAGGGACGGGGUAGACGGUCCGGAUGCCCACGGCGACGGCGGUGGUGGGAAGGUUGCGGCAUUGACGAAGGAGGGGGCGACGCGGGGCUUGAGUCCGCUCGAGGGGGGUAACCUGCGUCGUCGUGGUCGGCCCCUGGCCACCCGGGACCCCGCGCUGACCUUCACGGUGUUCCACGAGGAGGGUUGGACCCUCGAUGGAGGCCGAACCUUCACCGUGAGGGUGAAGGAACAGGGAGAGGAGGCGGGAGAGAGGGCGGGAGGAGAAGGAGAAGGAAACGACGAAGUUUCCGCAGAGCUCUCGCUGUCGCCGCAAGGAGCGACCCUACCAGGCAGCAGGAAUAGCGACGCCAGAGUCAGCGCUAGCAUCAACAGCGGUAACACCGCCACCGGCAGCAGCGGCGACCGGGUGGCUGACAAUGGGGGGGAUGGCGUCGACAUGGCAGCGGUCGGGCGAGACGGCGAUAACGCCGGUACCGACCGUGCUCUCGGCGACGCCGCCGCUGGUGUCGCCGGGAGGGGAACCGGGCCCCCCGACGAGGACGUUGACCCCCUACGGCUCUUGUGUCUUCCCCCCGGGACCGCGUCCAUGGUUCGCCGCCGCCGCUCGAGGCUCGAGAGCGACGGCCCGGUUUCCGUGGCCGCCUCGACUGGCUUUCCGGGUAGCCGAAGAAAAGACGGCCAACACGUGGCUCGCCGGGUUGGCGUUGUUUACGGUGUUGGUGUUGGUGCUGAUGUUGAUGUCGGUGGUGUUGGUGAUGUUGUUGGCGAAGAAGACAGUGUCGAAGUUGGUGCAGGCGGGAGAAACGCCCGGCGGGAGGGCGAAGAGCGCGUGACCUUGGUCCUGUCGGAUACCGGCGCCUCCUCUGGCGCAUUCGGGCAGGGCUACCACUGCCGCCACCUCUUGGCCGGCCUGAUACCGGACGCCGUCCGCCUGGUGAAGGAGCGCAUAUUCUCAGUCGCACGUGUCGAGUACGCUCGCUUGUACGGGUUGCGGAAGGCCACGCCUCCCGGUGGGUCGGUGACCACGCGGGCCCCGCCGGGGGGGGAACAACCGGAGAGUGGCGUGGUCACUUCGGUGGUGGAAGAGGAGUUCGAUGUGCCAUGGUGGGAAGGUGGCGGCGACGGAGGCGGCGCAGAGGGUGGCGCGCGACAGGAGGAGGAAGCGGGUGCCAUGGAAGACCGGGGUGGAGAGACCCGUUCGCAGAACGCGGGUUCGGAGGCAAGAGGACGCGGGCGGGGUUCAGAAGAGGACGACGAUGGGGAAGAGAGCGAUGGAGAUUUUUCGUUGGUAAGCAAAGGCAAGGGCAAGAAGCGAGCGACGCCGGACGCGAUGGAGGAGGAGGAGGAAGAAGAAGACGUGAAGGUGGAGGUGGGCGGGGCGGGGUCGAAGAAGAGGAAAGGUUUGCCCCUGGCCAUGGCUGCGGCGGAAACCGCGGCUGGAGCGGCCGCGGAAGAUCUGGAAGAAGGUCCCGUAGACGGCGAAGAUCAGACCAGCGCGAGUUCGCGACGACGCACGGGAGAAGACGCAGCGUCCGCGGACGAGCAACCACGGCGGCAGCGGACGGAAGGCGGCGAUGGGGCACGACGAGGGGGUGACGGCGGUAACGCCGGCAGUCGCGCUAACGGCGGCGGCGACGACGAGGGCGACAGUAACAUCCGGAUGGAGGAGUCGGAGCUCGCGGUUGGGCCUACACCGGGAUCGGGAGCCCUGACGUGCCGGUUGCGGGAGUUUCUUCGGACUCCGGCGUUCCUUUCGUGGGUGCAAAAACUGCGGCGGCCCGGCGACCUCGACUGCGGUGGACUCUGGCGCGCGUGGUCUGACGGCGGGGUGGAUGAGCCGUGUCGAGGCAGCACCGUUGGGAGAGGCGGGGGUAACGGGGCUCCGAAGGGCGGCACGAGUGUCGUCGGGGAGGGCCGCGAGGGCGCCGUACCUGUUGCUUGUGCUGGUGGCCGCGGGGAGGGCGGGGGUGGGGGUGGUGGUUCCACCAGGCGGGACCCGUUCGUGUUUUGCGCGCGCUUCAAGGACGAGACGACCGGAAACCUCCGGUGGAGCUGUAAUACAUGCGUGCUCAAGAGGAAGGAUUGCGACGGAGAGGACCCUUGCGCUCGCUGCUGCCGACGGCAGAGUCGAAAGUGCACCCGCACUUUCCCGCCGAAAGAUCUCCGCUCCACGGUGACCAUCCCCGCCUUCCCCGCCGCCGCCGGUGACGGGAGGGGUGCCCUUCGUGUCGGGAUCAAAGACGCCGCGUCCCGCCUCUUGCCCUCGUGGGACCGGAGGAAUACUGACGCGCCAGACCAAGGCGUGUCAGGGCCGAGCUUCUCCUCUGCGGUCUUGCGCUUGCUGCGAGGAGCCCCGGCCCCGGAACCAGCACCGCCACUGCCAAUGUCGCCGCCGUCGCCGUCCCUACCGCUAUCGCCCUUCCAUAGCCGACGGAGGUGCCCGCCGAUGCCACGCCUCACCCAGCACAUUCUCACGAACAGAGCGCAGAUCCUCAAGCUGCACGCGGACUGGCGAUCCGCCGCCCAGAAGAGGGCGAAGGACACCGGGAUCGAGGCAGAGGAGGGGCAUCGUCGACUGGUUGCGGGAAAGGGGAUUGAGGCUAGCGGCGGCGGUGUACUCGAAGGGACGGUGUCUGCAGAAGAGGAGGGAGAGGGAGGGGAUGAUGCCAGUGGUGGUGAUGACUGCGGUAGCGGUGGUCGGACGACGCCCCAGCAGCGAGAGGAGGACGAGGAAGGUGCCGGCGAAGGCGGCGGCAGGUGGGCCGAGGAGGGCGACGAGAGGAGCGGCGGCAGCGAAAGGGUCGCCGUCGUCUCGGACGCGAAGGAGUGGAGAAUGCCUCCGACGUGCUACGUGUGCCACCUCCCGCUGGCGUCCAUGUGUGAGUGCACCGCGGGCUCCCUGGACGUUGAGAGACAGUUCUGGGACCACCGAGUGGCCGUCGUUGCAGGGAGGCCUCUGAAAGUGGACCUGGGCAUGCAGGAGUACAACGAGGACCGAUUCUUCGGGGACGUGGUCCCCACGAGGGGCUCCGUCGCGAAGCACCGGCUGCAGACGGGCACGACCCACCGUAACCGCGGGCUUCUGCGCUACCCGUUCACCGUAGAACCGUCAGCUCUGCCAGCGCACGGUCCCGCGUCGCCGGGAGCGGGGGUCGCGGGCGCGGGGUCGCUUUCCCCUCCGACCUCCUGUUCUUUGCCGGCAGGUGUCCUACAAGGUGCUUCGACGGACACGACAACGAGGUCGACGGGAGGGCAAAAGCAAGGGUCCCACCACGAUGGCGGUGCCGCUGCCGCUGGUACCGUGGACUGUGGCAUUGGUGACCGCCGCUGUGACGACGAUUUGUUGGCGGCAGAGGCGGCGGCCGAGCUAGACGAUGAGUUGGACCUAGGCGACCUGCACGAGUCCGCGGGAAAUGGCAAUGGAGGCGGCGCCGCCAGCAAUGCUACAGGGUCAGCAGAGGCAACGAUGGGGGCGGCGGUGGCCGCUGUUAAACCCAAGCUGGCGUCCUUAUCGCGCCCGAGGCUGGAGGAGUGGCCAGGGUUUCCUUGCCCUUCGAAGGCGUUCGCGCGUGCGGCUCCGAUGGAAAACCCGAAGGGAGGGCUGCCCCCUUCGCCGCAGGUCUUGAGAUUCAUCCACCAGGUGGCGAGCGCUAAAGCCGAAGGGACACCUGCGCUGUACGGCCUGCUGGACGAAAGCGCCCUCAUUGCCGUGGGUGUGCUGGUGGAGGAAAUGUUGGAAGAGCUGGUCUCGCCCAUGGUUGAUGGCCGUACGACAGGCUACAAGAGAGCCACCCCCGCCUCCGUCGCGCGAGAGUUGGAGAUUCUGGGAAGGAUGGAGAACCGGAACAGCAUGGCACCGGCGGCCGACCUCCCGGAGCACCGUCACGGUGCUCUUGAUGGAGACAGUGGGUGUAGUGGCUUUGGUGCGGGCGCGGUUGGGUUGUUCGAGGCGCGCAAACAUGCGGCCAUGAGGCGCAUUUUCGGGGAAACAUUGGACGAUAUGCGACGGCAGCAGCAGCAGAAGCAGCAGCAACAGCAGCGACAGCAGCAACAGCGGCAACCGCGGCAACAACUACAUGCAGAGCAGUUGGAACAGCUACUCGAGAAGAAAAACGAGCUGGCAAGGCGGCGCCGCGAAGAGCAACAGGAAGAGCAGCGACAACACGAGCAGCGGGCGGGCGCAACACCGCGAGAAACCGAGGGGAAGCUCACGAAGAAAAUCAAGAAACGGAAGCAGAGGCAGCCCGAACACCUACAGCAGCCACCGCAUCACGGGGAUCAACAGGAGCACGUACGAAGGGUGUAAAAGAAGCGCAAGAAGGGAAUGAAGAGCAGAACGUGAAAGCAUUCAGUCGUACCUCGUGCGUUGUUCUGU